AUGAGCUACUGUGUCCUUAGAAGUAAAUCAGCUGGAUAUUCAUAUCUAUUUGUUCCGGGAUUACAUAAAACUAUCAGUAUGUCAUCGUUGAAGAUGAUAGGCGGUGUUGUCGCCAGUCGCAGACUAUCCGGCAAAGCAUUACGGUCGCAGUCGGCUGAAUUGUCCGUUUUACUCGCACAAAACAAAUUUACGAAUUUGCGAACCAUGGCUUCCAAAGCGGUUACAAUGGAAAAUAUCAACCCCAAUAUUGUAAAGUUGGAAUACGCUGUGCGUGGACCGCUCGUGACCCGCGCGGGGGAAAUCGAAAAGGAGUUGCUAAAGGGGGCAAGUAAACCCUUCAAGCGGGUGAUCAAAGCCAACAUAGGUGAUGCACACGCCAUGGGUCAAGUGCCGAUUACAUUUAUCAGACAGGUGUUAUCAUGCGUAACCUAUCCUGAGAACAUAGAUAAGAGUGAUUUCCCCGAAGAUGUGAAACAGAGAGCCAGGGAUAUUCUAAAUGCUUGCGGAGGCAAAUCGGUCGGAUCGUACACGAUGUCGCACGGUAUCGAAAUGAUCCGACGUCACGUGGCCGAGUACAUCGAAAGACGAGACGGGCACAAGUCUGACUGGAACAACGUGGUGUUGGUCGGUGGGGCUUCGAACGGCAUCAAGAACUGCUUGCAGCUCUUCAUUAAUGAUCUCGAUGGGAAACCAUCAGGUGUCAUGAUCCCGAUACCUCAAUAUCCACUAUACUCCGCUUCUCUAGCGGAGUACGGUUUGGAGCAGAUUGGCUACUACCUUGAUGAGGACAAGCAAUGGGGGCUCGAUUCUGCAGAGUUAGAGAGGUCACUCACAGAAGGUUCGAAGCACUGCAAUGUACGCGCCAUAGUUAUCAUCAACCCUGGAAAUCCGACUGGACAGGUACUGACCCGCGAAAACAUAGAAGCAAUAGUGAAGUUUGCGAGCGAGCACAAUUUGUUCAUAUUCGCUGAUGAAGUGUACCAGGACAACGUGUACGCUGAGGGUAGCAAGUUCUUCUCCUUCAAGAAGGUGAUGACAGAGAUGGGUGAACCAUACAGCAAAAUGGAGCUUGCUUCUUUCAUGUCAGUCAGUAAGGGUUAUAUGGGCGAGUGCGGUCUACGUGGUGGUUGGAUGGAACUAGUGAAUUUCGAUCCAGAUGUUAAAGCCAAUCUGUUCAAAGCUAUAUCAGCUAUGCUUUGUCCCAGUUCACUGGGGCAGGCUGCCGUCGACUGUGUUGCAAAACCACCAGCUCCAGGUGAAGCCUCUUAUGACCUCUGGCUAAAGGAGAAGACCUCAGUAUUGCAAUCGCUAGAUAAACGAGCUAAGAUGAUCGCGGAGACAUUCAAUCAGAUGGAGGGAUUCAAGUGUAACAUCGUACAGGGCGCCAUGUACGCGUUCCCACAAAUAACUAUGCCCCCCAAAGCCAUUGAAGCAGCCAAGCAAGCAGGCAAAGCGCCCGACGUCUUCUACGCCUUCCAGCUUCUUGAGAAUACUGGAAUCUGCAUAGUGCCCGGCACUGGUUUUGGACAGCGUCCCGGCACAUACCACUUCCGCACAACCAUCCUACCGCAACCGGCCCUCCUCCAAGAGAUGCUGGACAUAUUCAAAGGGUUCCACGAGAAGUUCACAAAAGAAUACUCCUAA